CUAAAACGAACCACACAGAGGUGUUUUAGCAUCAGCAUGGUUUAUUGGUGUUAAAGAUGGAGGUUAUAUAUGACAAUGAUAUAAUGAACAGAGAAAGUGUGGAGAGGGUGGUGGAAAUCUAUGACAGUGGAGAUUAUUUGAACUAUCAAGACUUCAGGACAGAGACAAACACACAACAUCCAGUGCAGUGGAAAGGAAGUGAGUCUAUGAGGAUCAGAGUCUACAGAUCAGUAAUAGUGUGUAUGGGGCUUCUGUGUAUUCUGCUGGUUACAUUCAUAGUGAUGUUUGUCCUGAUCAAUGCAAACAGCCACCAGUGUCACAACGAAACAUCCACAGAAGACAGAGACCAGCUACUAACCAAGGAUACCAAUCUUACAAAAGAUGACAACACCAACCUCACAGAACAGCUCCUAUUCAAUGAUACCAACCUCACAAAAGAAAUGGAGGUAUUGAUAUUUGGGAAUAAAAAUCUGUCCUAUGAUAAAGAUAAGCUGAAAGGUCAAAUGAAGAAUCUUCAGAUGUAUCUUGGUAAAGUGGUUGGAUGGAUUUACUAUCAAUUCAGUUUUUACCACAUUUCCACUAAAGAGAAGAGCUGGGAUGACAGCAGAAGUUACUGUAAAGAGAGAGGAGCAGAUCUGAUCAUCAUUAACAACAAAGAGGAACAAGGUUUUAUUCAGAAAAUGUCUAAUGGAAGAUCUCACUGGAUUGGUUUGUCUGACAGUGAUGAGGAGGGCAGAUGGAAAUGGGUUGAUAACAGCACACUGAUCUCUGGGUCAUGGUGGUCUGGAGAGCCCAACGGCCAAACAAAAGAGAACUGUGUUAUUUCUUAUACAUCAGUGUGGUAUGAUUAUCCAUGUACUAGACAUUUCAGAUGCAUCUGUGAGAAGAGGACAUUAAGAGGUUUCAUUGAUUUGUUCAUACAGUAAACUGUGGACACACAUAAAGAUCUUUCCCUCUUAAAGACAUAUAGACAUGUUUUAAGUAUUCUUAAAAUGUCCAAAGUUGGUCACACACAGAGUUUAAUUUGUGCCGGUGUUGUAUCAAAAUCCUACUCCCCGUGAGAUUACGACUCCCCUGUUUUCCCCUACGAAGGUUAGGGUUAGGAUUAGGUGUGGGGGCUGGAUUUAGAGAUAGGGACCAAUCACAAAGCAGCAUCCUGUGAAUGAACCAAUCAGAAGUAGGGGAGUCGUAAUCUCACAGGGAGUCGAAAUUCAGUACAACACAUGGCACUAGCAAUGCCAAGGUCAUGGGUUUGAUCCCAGGGGAUUGCAUAUAGUCAGAAACAAAUGUAUAAUACAAUGCAAUGUAAGUCGCUUUGGAUAAAAUCGUCUGCCAAAUGUUAAUGUAAGAUGCUUUUGCAAGCGCUCUGUGAUCUCCUUUCCUUGAACAAACUAAACCAAAUUCAGCAGCAUAUUGGCACAGUUUUCCCUUUCGUUUUGUUAAUCUGUUAAUUGUCAUAUUUUCCGCGUAUGUAUUCAUUUUAGACUAUGAUUUUAUUUAUCAUGUAGUCUAAUUUACAUAGGCCUACGCCUAAUCCUUAAACCAUCAACCCAUUUUUCAAGUCUCGCGACCCAUGGUUUGAAAACGAAUUUAUAGUUUAUAAACAUUGAUGCAUUUCGAAAAUGCGAGAAGUGGUUAUCUGACAUGAUGCACGUUUCAUGCUUCGCAUUAUAUAUUGAACUUGUCGCGAUGGACACUUCAGAGAGAGAUAUUUGUGUUGUUGGACAAAGUUUUAUUAAAUGUUUUUAAGAGACGCAGAAGAACUGAUGAAAUACGGAUAACAGAUGAUUAAAUGCUUAAUACAGGGCAGCCUCCACCUUCACACGCUCACGCACAAAAUGACUAAGUAAUUUUAGUUUAACGUUAAACUUCUGAAUUCUACAAAUGUUGAGGGCUGUGUUUUACAUGCACAAAUAUUCACAACAACAUCAUCAUUAUGACAAUAAACUGUUUCCAUCACCUUAACACGCAUUUGAACUAAGGCACACUCAACAUAAUCUAGCACGUUAAAUUUCUGUGAUAAUUCUGAGAUUAUUUUCGCAUGUUGGUUUCCAUUUAGGAUUUCUUAUGCGCAUUUUCAAAACAUCUACGGUAAAUAGUUGAAUAGAAAACCCCAUAGAUUGAACAUUCCGUUACUUUUCUCCACCCAUAAUUUGCCGGAUCAGCCACACCCCCUUGUGCUGGCACCUCGGAAUUUACAAAUUAAGCACUGGUCAUACAGGCUCAACCAGUAACAGGCUCAACCAGUAACAAUACUUUAUUAUUUAGUAAUUUAAUUAAUGAAAUACUUAAGCAACAUACUGUUUCUUUCUUACAACAUAAAACUUUUGUAUUAUUUUGUUAUGUGUUUAAAUGUCUGUAUUUAAUGUUAAUGUUAUCGUCACAGGUCAAUCUGCUGUAUAUAUUAUAUGUACAUAUUUUUAUUUUACCAGCAUCAAAAAGCACAUGUAAUGCAAAUAUGAAACCUAAACCUGAAUGGAUGUACUA